AUGUUUGUUAAAUCUGGUUUUCAUGUUUCAGUUACUCUGCUAGUAUUAUUCAUUCGUGAAAAAUACACUGUUACUUCGAUCAUCAUUCGAUACGAUCGUGAUUACCAUUCGACUUCCUCGUUGUGCAAGAUUCUAAUGUUACAACCAAUUUCAUAUGCAUUUCAAAAUUGUGCGAUUAUCGACACGAACAACAAUGUAAAUCACGAAUUUGUUCAAUCUGAUUUGUUUAAUUGCUGUACCACAAAAUCCAUUGGAGAACAUUUAUUAAUCUGUCUUGUUACUAGAAGUUUUAUUCUAUGA